AUGGCUUCUGUUUCUCCUCUUCUGAAAUUUUCUUGGGUAUCCAAUUCCUUCUUCUUUCUCUUCCUUCUCUUGUUUUCUUCGUCAUCAUCUUCUUCACGAACAACGACUCCAUUCAUACCCAUCAAUUUUACCGAAGAAUAUCGUGGUUAUACCGCGAUUUCAGAUUUUCGAAUGGUGAACAGAAGAUCCUUGAUCAAGUGUCCUGACUUGAACCCGUAUAUUCAAGUUAAUAUCAGCUCAAGUUCUGGACUUGCGAAUGAAGAAUAUGUGACGGUUAACGUCAGCGGAGUUAUGCUUCCGUCGAAAGCUCAUUGGGUUGCCAUGAUCUCACCUUCUUAUUCUGAUGUUUCAGAUUGCCCCUUGAAUGCUUUACUUUAUAAGGAGACUGGUGAUCUUAGUGACCUUCCACUUCUCUGCCAUUAUCCUGUUAAGGCACAGUACAUGAGCAAUGAUCCGGAUUAUGUUGACUGCAAAAGGAGUGAAUGCAAGAAACAUGUGGGAGGUGCCUGUGUGUUGAAAACUUGCAGUGGCUCUGUAACUUUUCAUGUGAUUAACAUCAGAACUGAUGUAGAGUUCGUGCUAUUCAGUGGUGGGUUCAGCACACCUUGCAUUUUGCAAAGGUCGGACGCUGUGAAUUUCAGUAAUCCAGGAGCGCCGUUAUACGGCCAUCUUUCCAGCAUAGAUUCUACAGGAACAUCGAUGAGAUUAACGUGGGUAAGUGGAGAUAGAAAUCCUCAACAAGUUCAAUAUGGCGAUGGGAAAUUCUUGAAUUCAGAAGUCACUACAUUUACACAGGAUAACAUGUGUAGUUCUAAUGUUCCAAGCCCGGCUAAGGAUUUUGGGUGGCAUGACCCUGGAUACAUUCAUACUGCCGUGAUGACAGGACUUGAACCUUCAAGUGUCUACUCCUAUAGAUAUGGAAGUGAUUCAGUUGGCUGGAGCGAUGAAAUACAAUUUCGAACUCCACCGGCAGCAGGAUCAGAUGAGCUCAAAUUUCUAGCAUUUGGUGACAUGGGAAAGGCUCCACGUGAUGCAUCAGUUGAGCAUUACAUUCAGCCAGGAUCUAUCUCGGUGGUAGAAGCCAUGGCUGAUGAAGUAAAAUCAGGAAACGUCGAUUCCAUUUUCCACAUUGGCGACAUAAGCUAUGCCACAGGCUUCUUAGUUGAAUGGGAUUUCUUUCUUCACCUCAUCAAACCUGUGGCUUCUCUGGUCUCUUAUAUGACUGCAAUUGGCAACCAUGAGAGAGACUUUGCAAGGUCAGGAUCAGUGUAUAAAACACCAGACUCUGGUGGAGAAUGUGGGGUUCCUUAUGAGGCAUAUUUUCCCAUGCCCACUGUUGGAAAGGACAAACCAUGGUACUCAAUAGAACAAGGGAGUGUUCAUUUUACUGUAAUUUCAACUGAGCAUGAUUGGUCCGUUAAUUCUGAGCAGUACAAAUGGAUUCAGAACGACUUGGGCUCAGUUGAUAGAUCAAGAACACCUUGGGUAAUUUUUAUAGGACAUAGACCCAUGUAUACAUCCGUUAAAGGAGCACUGGCCGGACUUCUUCCGAGUGUCGAUCACAGUUUCGUUGAAGCUGUAGAGCCAUUACUAUUUGACAACAAGGUGAAUCUAGUCCUAUUUGGCCAUGUCCACAACUAUGAAAGAACCUGUGCUAUUUACCAGAACAACUGCAAAGCCAUGCCUGAGAAAGAUCCGAAUGGGACUGACACAUAUGACCAGACCAACUACACUGCCCCAGUUCAUGCAAUUAUUGGGAUGGGAGGCUUCACACUUGACAAGUUUCCAGACAAUGUUGAAAGUUGGAGUUUAUCAAGGAUUUCUGAAUUUGGAUACAUAAGAGUUCAUGCAACAAGGGAAGAGAUAAUGGUAGAGUUCGUGAACUCAAACACAAGGAAUGUGGAGGAUAGGUUCCGCAUCACCAAAAGCCAACAAUCCUAG